AUGGCUCCAAAAUCUCAAACAGCGAUUCCCAUCGUUUUCGGGGCGAUGACGAUUGGGUCAUCUAACAUUAGCGGUCUCAAGGUCACCACCGUCGAAGAUGUUAAUAACAUGCUAGAUCUCUUCCAAUCCCGCGGCCACAACGAGAUCGACACAGCCCGACUGUACGGCGGAGGAACGACGGAGACCUAUCUGGCUGACGCCAAGUGGGAAGAGCGCGGUAUCGUGAUGGGAACCAAGCUAUAUCCGAACAGCAAGACCUCUGGGGCCACGGGGCCACUGUCCUACACGCUGCGUGCUGGAGACGUCCGUCGCGGACUACUAGACAGCCUCAAGGCGCUCAACACCAACAAGAUAGAUCUCUGGUAUGUCCAUGGUCCAGAUCGCGAAACGCCACUGGAGGAAAUACUGAGCGAGGUCAACAAAUUGCAUGAAGAGGGACAGUUCAACCGUUUCGGUAUCAGCAACUUCAUGUCUUGGGAGGUGGCCAAGAUCUGGGAGCUGUGCGACAGAAACGGCUGGAUCAAGCCGACCGUAUACCAGGAUGCUUAA